UUAACGUGUUUCUGUUGAUUGACAUUGACUUCCACGUUAAUGCCAGUAAAAUUGACGGUGGACGCAACGGAAUAUUAUAGAAUAAUUUCUCCCAAUUCCAUUUUUAUUGGAACUUCAAUUUCAAUAAAUAAACACAAGUAAUUUUCUUCUUUCUCUGCUCUCUCUAGAUUCAAUCACCUGCACCAACCAAAAAUUUCUCAUUUCUCAUGGGCAAGAUGAAGUCCUUCAAACAAGAAUUCUCACUCGAUGAACGACGCAAGGAAUCACAAAGCAUCUUAGUUAAAUAUCCAGAUCGAGUUCCUGUCAUCAUUGAGAAAUAUUCUAAAACAGACCUACCUGAAUUGGACAAGAAGAAGUAUUUGGUUCCGCGGGAUAUGUCAGUUGGGCAGUUUAUUCACAUUUUAAGUAGUAGGCUAAGUUUGACGCAGGGAAAAGCUCUAUUUAUUUUUGUGAAAAACACGCUACCUCAAACCGCUAGUCUUAUGAACUCCAUCUACCAAACUUACAAGGAUGAGGAUGGGUUUCUGUAUAUGUGUUACAGCAGCGAGAAAACAUUUGGUUAACUUGGUUGGUUGCAUGACUUGCAUUUGAUGAUUAAUUCCUUCAAGCAUUUGCAAUUUGUUGUAAAUAAAUUCAGUACAUAAUGUACUUGUAUGUAUAACAUGACAAUACCAGAAUCCUUGGUGUGUACAUUGAUCAAUUGUACUUUAAAUAAAAUGCAUAUUGCAAAGA